UGCGACUGUCAUUUUACAUUUGGCGUUUAACCUUUUAAAUUAUCAUCACGCAUCAUCACCACGAUCCGGUCAAACCAUUGAACUCCUUUUCGUAUUAUAAAAGUGUAUAGUGACAUAAGAACGCAAAAUGAAUUACGAAAUUGACGAUGAAAUCCGAGAUUUUGUAACAUCUUACUCGAAGGAGUAUGGUCCAAAGCGAGUUCAACAAUUUUUCAGAGCAAGACCAUUCUUCAGCGAAUACAGAGAAUCGAAUCCCAUAAAGGACGCUUACAAGGAGUACUUGAACCUUCAGAAAAAGAAUGAACGCUUGCCGCCUCGUAGACGCACCGAAAAUCCGCAAGAUCUUCUCGACAGAGUGCGAAGCGAGCUUUCGCAUUUGAAAACGUUCUUACCGCGAGAUCCCCCAGAUGAGGCGCUUGUUGAGCGGCAGCAAAAACAGCUGUUUCAAAGCGCCUACCAGAUUGAGUUCGCCAAGAACUUAUACAAUUGCUCUUCUGCGCUACGUGAUCAAAUCAAAGAAAAUGACUCGAUGAACAUGACGUUAUCGGAAAAAAGCGCAAUAGCGGAAACCGAGCAAAAGAAAUCUUUUAGAAAUCCUCGACACGUGGGCGGUGAUAAUACAUUAAGGACCCAGAAAUUAAUGAAGCCGCCGGACAAUUUGACUGUCGAUAAAAAGGAAAGAGAGAUACUCCGUGUUAGGACCGGAUUUAGCGAAUAUCAAGACAUUAUCGGUAAGGCAGGGCGACGAAUAAUUCAAGAACAAUUUUUAGGUCCAUCAGUACCUGUAGAGGUACCAGACGAACACACCCGAAAUCCAGACAGUGCAAGAUCAAGCUGCUUACAUAUUUUGAGAAACGCUUCAAAACAUCAUCUUAUGUCGCAAGUUUUUUAAAAGAAAUUUCGGAUUCUGGCAAUCAAAAAAAUUGUAAAAAUCGUUUAAUUUUUUGUUUGUUCUUUCUGUUUUUCGAUUAUUAAUUGUUUUAAGUCCUUUGUUAAGAAUGUCAAUCUUUAUAAAUUAACGCUAUUACAUCAUCCUAUUAUAUUAUACCUUUCGCUUUCCUAAGAUAUUUAAAUUAUUUUUUCGCUUGCAUACUUACAAAACAAUCACCUAUUCGUGCACACUUUCAGGCAUUUAUAUACAGAAAUAGCAAAGAGAGUCACGUACUACACGAGAUUACACAGUAUACAAAAUCAUAUAACGUUUUUGAAACUGCAAAUAAAAUAGCAAAUAUAGUUUGAAGAA